CGUCCUUCAAUUCCCCAACCAAACCCCAACUAAAUUCUUGCUACCAGACAUAUCCGAGGAAGAAACUGGGAAAGACUUGAGCUUGUUGACUUUCAUAUUCUGGUUCUUAUCCAUUCUUCCUCCAAUCUUGGAUCGGAUUUCGGAAUGAUUUGCAAGUGAACUUUUUAUAAAGCUUGGAGCUUUUUUGGCUUCUUAGGCAGUUCAACAUGUCAGAAGCUCAGAGGAGGCCAAGUUUGCUUGGUGCCAAGAACAAUAAUGGGUAUGUCAAUGGAACAUUUCCUUUGAGAUCUCCAAACAUGAAACCCGAAGUAGAUGAGUUCUGUCAUGCACUUGGUGGGAAGCGGCCAAUACAUAGUAUAUUAGUUGCCAACAAUGGGAUGGCUGCAGUGAAGUUUAUUCGAAGUGUUAGGACAUGGGCUUAUGAGACAUUUGGUUCAGAGAAGGCAAUAUUGUUAGUAGGAAUGGCCACACCAGAGGAUAUGAGAAUAAAUGCUGAGCAUAUUCGUAUAGCCGAUCAAUUUGUAGAGGUUCCUGGGGGAACAAACAAUAAUAACUAUGCUAAUGUGCAGCUCAUUGUCGAGAUGGCGGAAAUAACACAUGUUGAUGCUGUUUGGCCUGGGUGGGGCCAUGCAUCGGAAAACCCUGAAUUACCAGAGGCAUUAGAUGCAAGGGGAAUUGUAUUUCUUGGGCCACCUGGCACGUCAAUGGCAGCACUUGGUGAUAAAAUUGGUUCUUCAUUGAUUGCUCAAGCAGCAGAUGUACCCACCCUUCCAUGGAGUGGCUCCCAUAUCAAAAUUCCACAAGAAAGCUGUUUGGUAUCUAUCCCUAAUGAAAUAUAUACAAAGGCGUGUGUAUAUACAACUGAAGAAGCAAUUGCCAGUUGCCAAGUUGUUGGUUAUCCCGCGAUGAUCAAAGCAUCUUGGGGCGGCGGUGGUAAAGGCAUAAGGAAGGUUCAUAAUGAUGAUGAGGUUAGAGCUUUGUUCAAGCAAGUUCAGGGUGAAGUUCCUGGUUCCCCAAUAUUCAUAAUGAAGGUUGCUUCCCAGAGUCGACAUCUAGAAGUGCAGUUGCUCUGUGAUCAGCAUGGUAAUGUUGCCGCUUUGCAUAGCCGUGAUUGUAGUGUCCAAAGGCGACACCAAAAGAUUAUUGAGGAGGGGCCAAUAACUGUUGCUCCCAUAGAGACUGUGAAAAAGCUUGAGCAGGCUGCUAGAAGAUUAGCAAAAAGCGUCAAUUAUGUUGGAGCUGCCACUGUCGAAUAUCUCUAUAGCAUGGAGACUGGGGAGUAUUAUUUUUUGGAGCUCAACCCGCGGUUGCAGGUGGAACACCCUGUAACAGAAUGGAUAGCUGAAAUCAACCUUCCAGCAGCCCAAGUUUGUGUUGGAAUGGGCAUUCCUCUCUGGCAGAUUCCAGAAAUAAGGCGUUUCUAUGGAAUAGAACACGGUGGUGGAUAUGAUGCAUGGAGGAGAACGUCACUUGUUGCCUCUCCAUUUGAUUUUGACAAAGCAGAGUCUAUAAGGCCAAAAGGUCAUUGUGUUGCUGUCCGUGUAACAAGUGAGGAUCCCGAUGAUGGUUUUAAGCCUACUAGUGGCAAAGUGCAGGAACUGAGUUUUAAAAGCAAACCAAAUGUAUGGGCAUACUUUUCUGUUAAGUCUGGUGGGGGUAUUCAUGAAUUCUCAGAUUCUCAGUUUGGGCAUGUUUUCGCUUUUGGGGAGUCGAGAGCCGUGGCCAUUGCCAACAUGGUACUUGGCCUAAAGGAAAUUCAGAUAAGAGGAGAGAUCCACACAAAUGUGGAUUACACUAUUGAUCUACUACAUGCUUCAGAUUAUAGGGAUAACAAGAUACACACAGGCUGGCUGGACAGUAGAAUUGCUAUGAGGGUUAGAGCAGAAAGACCGCCUUGGUAUCUUUCUGUGGUUGGAGGAGCACUAUAUAAAGCUUCUGCAAGCAGUGCUGCCACAGUUUCAGAAUAUGUUGGUUAUCUCGAAAAAGGACAAAUUCCACCUAAGCAUAUCUCACUCGUGAACUCUCAAGUUUCACUAAACAUUGAAGGGAUAAAGUAUACAAUUAACAUGGUGAGGGGAGGACCUGGAAGCUAUAGGUUAAGGUUGAACGAAUCAGAGAUUGAAUCAGAAAUACACACUCUUCGUGAUGGAGGCCUAUUGAUGCAGUUGAAUGGAAACAGUCACAUUAUUUACGCAGAGGAAGAGGCAGCCGGGACCCGUAUUCUCAUUGAUGGCAGGACAUGCUUACUUCAGAAUGAUCAUGAUCCAUCCAAGCUCAUAGCAGAGACUCCAUGCAAGCUUCUUAGGUAUUUGGCUAUGGAUGGUAGUCAUAUAGAUGCCAAUACACCAUAUGCAGAGGUGGAGGUUAUGAAGAUGUGCAUGCCCCUGCUUUCCCCUGCUUCAGGGGUGAUCCAUUUCCGGAUGUCAGAAGGUCAAGCAAUGCAGGCCUCUGAGCUUAUAGCAACACUUGAUCUAGAUGAUCCUUCUGCUGUAAGAAAAGCAGAGCCAUUUACUGGGAGCUUUCCCAUCCUGGGACCCCCAACUGCAAUUUCUGGUAAAGUUCAUCAGAGGUGUGCUGCAAGUAUGAAUGCAGCUCGGAUGAUUUUGGCUGGAUAUGAGCAUGCUGUGGAUGAAGUAGUGCAGAGCUUGCUAAGUUGCUUGGACAGUCCUGAGCUUCCCUUUUUUCAGUGGCAAGAGUGUAUGGCUGUUCUGGCAACACGGCUUCCCAAGGACCUCAGAUCCAAGCUGGAAGCAAAAUACAAGGAGUAUGAAGGGUUUUCAAACUUUCAAAACAUCGACUUCCCAGCCAAAAUUUUGCGGAGCAUUCUUGAGGAACACCUGAAUUCUUGCCUGGAAAAAGAAAAAGGAGCUCAAGAAAGACUAGUUGAACCACUAAUGAGUCUUGCAAAAUCUUAUGAAGGGGGAAGAGAGAGUCACGCUCAUGUUAUUGUUCAGUCCCUUUUCCAAGAAUACCUUUCUGUUGAAGAAUUGUUCAGUGACAACAUCCAAGCUGAUGUUAUUGAACGUCUCCGGCUUGAGUAUAAGAAAGAUCUCCUCAGGGUUGUGGAUAUUGUACUUUCCCAUCAGGGUGUAAAUCGUAAAAACAAACUCGUAUUAAGUCUAAUGGAGCAACUGGUGUAUCCUAGUCCCGCAGCAUACCGUGACCAGCUAAUUCGCUUCUCUUCACUUAAUCAUAUAAUGUAUUCCGAGUUGGCUCUAAAAGCAAGUCAGCUUCUGGAGCAAACAAAACUGAGUGAACUGCGUUCUAGCAUUGCAAGAAGUCUUUCUGAGUUAGAAAUGUUCACCGAAGAAGGUGAAACUAUGGACACUCCCAAGAGGAAAAGUGCCAUAAAUGAAAGAAUGGAAGCUCUAGUUAGUGCCCCUUUGGCAGUUGAAGAUGCACUUGUAGGUCUGUUUGAUCACAGUGAUCAUACCCUCCAGAGAAGGGUCGUGGAGACAUAUGUUCGCAGACUCUACCAGCCCUAUCUAGUCAAGGGGAGUGUUAGGAUGCAGUGGGACAGAUCUGGUGGAUUGAUAGCUUCAUGGGAGUUCUUGGAAGAGCACAUGGAGAGGGAAAGUGGAGUUGAAGGUGAAAUGACAAUUAAACCUAUGGUGGAGAAGCAUAGUGAGAGAAAAUGGGGAGCCAUGGUGAUCAUCAAAUCUCUCCAGAUAUUGCCAAAAGUGCUAACAGCUGCUCUGAAGGAGACAAUGAACACCAUCCAGACUACAGGGUCAGAUGGAUCACUUCAGCAGGCUGGUCAUCAUGGUAAUAUGAUGCAUAUUGCUUUAGCGGGCAUUAACAACCAAAUGAGUACACUCCAGGACAGUGGCGAUGAGGAUCAGGCCCAAGAAAGGGUUGACAAGUUGGCAAAAAUAUUGAAAGAGAGAGAUAUAAGCUCCAGCCUUAGAAAUGCCGGGGUAGGCGUAAUAAGCUGUAUCAUUCAAAGGGACGAGGGGCGGGGCCCUAUGAGGCACUCUUUCCAUUGGACUGAAGAGAAGCACUACUACCAGGAGGAACCUCUUUUACGUCACCUCGAGCCUCCUCUUUCAAUUUACCUUGAAUUGGAUAAGCUCAAGGGCUAUGAUAAUAUCAAGUAUGCACAGUCUAGGGAUCGUCAGUGGCACUUGUACACGGUUAUAGAUAAGCCUCGCCAAAUCCAGAGGAUGUUUCUCAGGACUCUUGUCCGACAACCCAUAUCUGAUGAGUGUUUAACUGUGUAUCAUGGGAUAGGACGUGAAAAAAAUCACGCCCCACUGGCAAUAUCUUAUACUUCAAGGAGCAUUUUGAGGUCUUUAACAUCUGCACUUGAAGAGCUUGAGCUUAAUGUCCACAAUUCAAAGGUCAAAUCUGACCAUGCGAAUAUGUACCUAUAUAUUUUAAGGGAGCAACAAAUUGAAGAUCUUUUGCCAUACAACAAGAGACCCGAUGUGUAUGAAGGUGAUGAAGAAGCUGUUGUAGACCAGAUUUUAAAUGAAAUGGCAAAUGAAAUCAAUGCUUCUGUUGGGGUUAAAAUGCACCGGUUAGGUGUGUUUGAAUGGGAAGUGAAACUUUGGAUAUCAUCAGCUGGAGAAGCCAAUGGUGCUUGGAGAGUUGUGGUCGUGAAUGUGACUGGCCACACCUGCAUUGUCAAUAUAUACCGUGAGAUUGAAGAUUCAAACAAACACAGAGUAGUCUAUCACUCAACAAGGGAGAUGGGUCCUCUGCAUGGUGUUCCAGUUACUGCACAUUAUCAGCCUCUGGGAAUUCUUGAUCAGAAACGACUCUUGGCCCGUAAAAGCAGCACAACCUACUGCUACGAUUUCCCCCUGGCUUUUGAAGUAGCAUUGCAGAAGUCUUGGGCAGCUACUCAAUCUCAAGGAAUUAACAAGCCUAAUGGAAAUCCACUAGUCAAAGUCACCGAGCUUGCUUUUGCAGACGCAAAGGGUUCUUGGGGUACUGCUCUUAUUCCAGUGGAACGCAAGCCAGGGCUCAAUGAUGUUGGUAUGGUGGCCUGGAUCUUUGAAAUGUCCACACCUGAGUUCCCUUAUGGAAGGAAAGUCAUCAUAGUUGCAAACGAUGUCACCUUCAAAAAUGGAUCUUUUGGUCCAAGGGAAGAUGCAUUUUUCCUAGCCGUGACUGAUCUAGCUUGCGCUCAGAAACUGCCCCUUAUCUAUCUUGCAGCCAAUGCUGGAGCUAGGAUAGGUGCAGCCGAGGAAGUGAAGUCUUGCUUUAAAGUUGGAUGGUCUGAUGAAUCUAACCCUGAACGCGGUAUUCAUUAUUUGUACUUGACCCCUGAGGAUCAUGCAUGCUUGGGCUCAUCAGUCAUAUCACAUGAACUGAAAAUGCCAAGCGGAGAAACCCGAUGGGUGAUAGAUACAAUUAUAGGAAAAGAGGAUGGAUUGGGCGUUGAAAACUUAAGUGGGAGUGGGGCCAUAGCCAGUGCAUAUUCACGGGCUUACCAUGAAACCUUCACUCUAACAUAUGUAACGGGUCGAACCGUCGGCAUUGGGGCCUAUCUUGCCCGGCUCGGCAUGCGUUGUAUACAACGGCUUGACCAACCCAUAAUUCUCACGGGUUUCUCUGCACUGAACAAACUCUUGGGCCGGGAAGUUUACAGCUCACACAUGCAACUCGGUGGCCCUAAAAUUAUGGCAACCAAUGGAGUGGUUCAUCUUACUGUUUCUGAUGAUCUGGAAGGCGUUUCUGCAAUCAUGAAAUGGUUGAGCUUUGUCCCGCCGUAUUCUGGCGGCCCACUCCCUGUUUCUAUAAUCACAGAUCCUCCCGAGAGACCCGUCAAGUAUUUCCCUGAGACAACCUGUGACCCACGGGCUGCCAUAUGUGGGGUCAAGGAUGCCGCAAGUGGGAGAUGGAUGGGAGGGAUGUUUGAUAAAGAUAGUUUCGUGGAGACCUUGGAAGGGUGGGCGAGAACGGUCGUGACGGGUCGGGCAAAGCUGGGAGGGAUACCAGUGGGUAUAGUCGCCGUUGAAACGCAAACGAUGAUGCAAGUCAUCCCGGCAGAUCCGGGUCAGCCUGACUCCCAUGAACGGGUCGUUCCCCAGGCUGGUCAAGUUUGGUUUCCCGACUCAGCAACCAAAACAGCCCAAGCAUUGAUGGAUUUCAACAGAGAAGAGCUCCCGCUUUUCAUCCUGGCCAACUGGAGGGGAUUUUCUGGGGGACAGCGGGAUCUAUUUGAGGGCAUCCUUCAAGCCGGCUCGACUAUUGUGGAGAAUCUUAGGACGUACAAGCAACCCGUUUUUGUGUACAUCCCCAUGAUGGGAGAGCUCCGGGGUGGAGCAUGGGUGGUUGUGGAUAGUAAGAUCAAUUCUGAUCACAUUGAGAUGUACGCCGAAACAACUGCUAACGGAAAUGUUCUGGAGCCACAAGGUAUGAUUGAGAUCAAGUUUAGAACAAGAGAACUGGUGGAGUGCAUGGGUAGGCUUGACCAGCAACUCAUUGAUUUGAGGCGGAAGCUUUCAGAAGCAACAACAGGUGAUGCUGCUGCAAAAGUUCAGCAGCAGAUAAGAUCACGCGAGAAGCUUCUUCUGCCAAUAUACACUCAGAUUGCUACCAAGUUUGCAGAAUUGCAUGACACGUCAUUGAGGAUGGCUGCAAAAGGGGUGAUCAGAGAGGUUGUUGAUUGGGAGGGUUCUCGUUUUUUCUUCUAUAAAAGAUUGCUUCGAAGAAUCGAGGAAGAUUCAUUGGUCAAGACAGUGAAGGACGCGGGAGGUGAUCUGGUUUCUGAUCAAUCUGCUAUUGAGAUGGUGAAGAAGUGGUUUUUGGAUGGUAAAGUAAUUACCACACAGAGCAAAGGAGAUGCUUGGGCAGACGAUGAAGCCUUCUAUUCCUGGAAGCGAGACACUAGUAACUAUGAAGACAAGUUGCAGGAAUUGCGGGCGCAAAAGGUCAUGGCCCACUUGUCUAAGAUUGGCAAUUCGGUGUUAGAUGCGCGCGCUAUACCUCAAGGCAUUGCUGCACUUCUUCAAAAGAUGGAGCCAUCAACUAGAGAGCAAUUGAUAGUUGAACUACAAAAGGUCCUCAAAUGAUAAAGCAGCUUUUGAGAGCUACAAGAUAUAAUGCACUCUAAAGCUGCUCAGAUACACAUACAGUUAGACUGAUCAUUGAAUCUCUACUUUGGCGUGUGGGAGUGUAUUUCAGAGAAAGAAUAGGGAAGGGACAUUUCAUACGUAGUGUCCAAGUCAUUACUGUAGUUAAAUUACAUUCUUUUAUGUUGUAAUACAACGAUGAUUGAUUGAUGAGGGUUCUAUGCCUGUUUCUUUACAUCAUUCAAGUCCAAAAUUCUUGUUAAAGCUUAAUAAAGUGUUUUGGUAUUCCUUAAAUGUGCUGAACUGCCAUACUAUCUAAAGCUUAAUCGGUU